UCGGAGAGAAGGAUGACAUUGAGAGUGACACACUCACACACACAUAGUUUUGUUUUUUUUUACAAAGACACCCACCCGAUCUAAUUUAAAUAAAGAUAUUUUCGAUUGUGAAAAAAAAAUAAAGAUAUUUUCAAAUUAUCGUAAUCUAUUUUUAUUUUUAUUUUCUAUAGAUUAGGUUAAAAAAAAAAAAUCAUUUUUCCGAUUGUACAAGCCGAGCCGAUCCAAUAUGCUAGCCAAUCACUCUUUGCCCCUUUACCGGCGAGGUUCCGUCCGUUUCUCUUUCUCUUUCUUUCUCUUUAACCUUUUAACCCUUUCUUUCUCUCUCAUCAACAACAACAACAACCCUAAUUUCAUCCAUGCCGGAUUUUCACGAUUCUCUCUCUCCACCACCACCACCACCGCCGUCGUCUCGCCCUAUCCCCGUUCGCGAGGAUUGUUGGUCAGAAGAAGCUUCUUCUACUCUCGUUGAUGCAUGGGGUAAUCGUUAUCUUGAACUCAACCGUGGUAAUCUUCGUCAGAAAGAUUGGCAAGAUGUUGCUGAUGCUGUUAACGCUCUUCAUGGUCAUACUAAGAAAACUCAUCGCACCGAUGUUCAGUGUAAGAAUCGAAUUGAUACUAUUAAGAAAAAGUAUAAGAUCGAGAAAGCUAGGGUUUCCAAUUCCAAUGGUGUUUUUUCAUCGCCUUGGCCUUUUUAUGAUCGAUUAGAUUUAUUGAUUGGUCCUAAUUUCAAUACCAAGAAAUCUUCUUCUUCUCCAUCACCUUCUCCACCUGUUGCUCUUCCUUUGGUUCCUCAUCGGAAAUUUUCUAAUUCGCCGAAUGCGAUUUCUGUUACUCCGGCUGCUGUUGCUCUUCCUCAGAAGAGGUCACUUGCGACGGUGAUGGAUGAUGGUUAUUUUAGGAGGAAUUAUUCUGCUGUUGCUGCUGCGGCUGCUGCUGCGGAGGCUGAUGAAGAUGAGGAUGAGGAGGAUGAAGAGGAGGAAGUUGAGGAGGAGGAGGAGGAGGUUGAGGUUGAGGAGGAAGAAGGGAGGGGAAGUGAAGUUGAUGAAGGGGAUAAAGGGAGGGAAGGGAUGAAGAGGUUGGCUAAGGCUAUUGAGAAAUUUGGUGAAAUGUAUGAGAGAGUUGAGGGACAGAAACUGAGGCAGAUGGUGGAUUUGGAGAAACAAAGGAUGGAGUUUGCUAAAGAUAUUGAAGUGCAGAGGAUGCAGAUGUUUAUGGAUACACAAGUUCAGAUGGAGAGAAUCAAGCGUGGGAAGCGUUCUGGGUCUAAUGAUAUGUAUAGCUAGCUAGCCAAGUUGGCAGUGGUUCGAUGAUGGUGCUCGGAACGCUAUCUUGCUUUGGUUAUUAAUCAUAUGGGAAAAAGUACAUAUCUUCAGCUGAUACUGUGAUGAGGGAAUAUUUAAAUAGAAAUUUGUCGAGGAGUAAUUUUGGAUUCAUUUAGCUAGCUUUAAUUUGUUAUUAUAUUAGCCCUUAUAAAUUAAUUCAGCAACUGUACUAAAGCCUAAUUCGGGCUCCUACAUAGAAUUUGCUCCAAUGUUACAACUCUUCUAUA